CCAGGGCCGAGUGGCCUAGGACUCUGGCACUAGAAGCCGGCGCACCCGCCUGCUUACGGAUGCCUUAAGCGCCAGGCGGGAGCUGCUCAGAUCGGGUCACAGGACUCCUUCUCCCCCUUUCCCCGGAGCCCACGGGCUGAGCUGGAAACCAACGCCAGCCGACGCUGCGCUCCUAUAAAUAGCGCGCUCGCUCAGUCUUCGCGCUCUCCUGGUUGCGGAGGACAGAGAAAGUUGCGCGCAGGGACUCUGGGCGUGUGGUGUGCGGGUGCGGCACAGGCAGGAGAGGACCCUGCCAGCCCAGCCACCCUGCACCUGGAACUAAUCCUGCACAUUUGCGCUUCCGAGCUGGGCAUUUGGCUGGCCGCUGCCUACCUGCGGCAUCCGAGCCACACCGAGCUGUGGGGAAAUUUUGACCAAGCAAAAGUGGCAGCCGCUUGUGUCUGGGCCAUGAACACAGCCUCGCGUUCCUCUCCGCCGGGGAAACACCUUCCGCCGCUGUAAUCCGUCCCUGCCGCUGGCCAGACGCGACAGGACCGCCUCAGCCCUGCUCCGCGCCCACCGCCCCGUGGCCUCUCUGAGCCCUCUUCUUUCUUCCUGAUCCGCGGUUCACCAGGGGGUGCUUGGGUUUGGGGUGAGCAUUUACUGCCAGUUUCCCCUUUGAGGCGUGAAUGUGAGGGUUUGGAGACUUCUAGAUGUCUGGCAACAAGGGGGGCGGGUGAAGGAGCCCCAGGCAGGGCUGACUCUGGGGCGGAGGAGGGUGAGGUAGGGGGUUCUGCAUGAGCUCCUUAAAGGACAAAGGUAACCGAGCUGGCGAGAGAGCGCGAGGGAGACUCUGACUUCAAACCAGAGAAUCGGUGGAAGUGAGAGCGCCGCCGCCGCCGUGCCUGCAGCGCUGUCUAUCUAACCGCCGGCAUCUUCCGAGCCCGUCCCCGGGAGCAGGCGACGCAGGCGAUCCAAGCGCCAGCCGCUGCGGUUGCCCUCGCGCUCACCAUGGGCUCGGCGCGCCGGGCGCUGUCCGUGGUGCCGGCCGUGCUGCUGGCCCUCACGCUGCCCUCGCUGCCCGUCUGGGCGCAGAACGACACGGAGCCCAUCGUGCUGGAGGGCAAAUGCCUGGUGGUGUGUGACUCGAACCCGGCCACGGACUCCAAGGGCUCCUCUUCCUCCCCUCUGGGGAUCUCGGUGCGGGCGGCCAACUCCAAGGUCGCCUUCUCUGCGGUGCGGAGCACCAACCACGAGCCCUCGGAGAUGAGCAACAAGACGCGCAUCAUUUACUUCGAUCAGAUCCUGGUAAAUGUGGGUAAUUUUUUCACACUGGAGUCUGUCUUUGUAGCACCAAGGAAAGGAAUUUACAGUUUCAGUUUUCACGUAAUUAAAGUCUACCAGAGCCAAACAAUCCAGGUUAACCUGAUGUUAAAUGGAAAACCGGUAAUAUCUGCCUUUGCUGGGGACAAAGAUGUUACUCGCGAAGCCGCCACCAAUGGAGUCUUGCUCUACCUGGAUAAGGAGGAUAAGGUUUACCUAAAACUGGAGAAAGGUAACCUGGUCGGAGGCUGGCAGUAUUCCACGUUCUCGGGCUUCCUGGUGUUCCCCCUAUAGAAUCCAUUUCUCCGUGGCGUUCACCAGGUGAGGGGCGGCUCACCACUGAGUUAUUGGAAGAUCAUUUUCUCAUCCUCGGAGUGAUGUCUUAUUGGUUUCAUGGGUCAGUAUGGAUUCUCUUUCAGGAUCCCAGGCCUGUCCGGACCAAUCCAGCUUUACCGAUUACUUUUGCGUGCCUGCGCUCCCUAUGUGUGGAUCAGGACUCGGCAGACAAUUCCUAUCUGUGCGUCCGUGUAACCGUUAUAGACUAUCUGCAGAUUCCUUCUGAAUUUAAUUUCCUGGAAUUACUGAAUUCGUUGCAGAUGUGGAAUUUUAUCUAUUUGUUUUUAAAAGACUGGCGAGUGGGUCUAAGAAUGAGAAGAUGCAAGAGUUCUGACUUCAGUCAAUGGUUAGUGCGAAGCUGCCAAAGAGCUUACCUGUGUUGGUACAUUGGUCACGCGUGUUCUUAUUCCUUUGGACUCGGUUUGUUUUGUUCAGUGUAGGUACCUGGGAGUUGUUUUGCGGUGACUGGUUUUGUGUUUUCUCUACCAAUAGGGUAAUGAAUGGCUUGUCCGCAAACUUACCCUAUGAGAUUCCCAACAUGACUUCCCUUGAAAAAAGAAUGCUUCAUAGUUUUAUUUUAAUUAUAUAUGUGAAAGAGUCAUAUUUUCCAAAUUAUAUUUUCUAAUAGGAAGAAUAGGUCAUAAAUCUGACAAGGAAAAAGUUGCUUACCUGAGUUCUACCUGCUCAACCCCCAAACUUCCCCAAACCGCUCUCCUCCACCAGAAAUCUUAACUUUGUUGCUCGACUUUAAUUAACAUGAUUGAUGAUAAUCACCUUAUUAAAAAUCUAAGGGAUUUUCCCCCUUAGCCAUGACCACUUUAUUAAUAGGUGAUGGGAUGCCCUUGUUUUUAA